AUGGAUGGCACGUCGACAACAUGGACAACAACUUACUGGAAGCCCUUCUCCUCUUGGAAGCGUAGAAAGCGACCGCUGCUAUCCGAAGGUGUGGUGGUGGUGGUGGUGGUGGUCCUGCUGCUGCACCACUUGACCACGCCCAAGAGUGAAACACUUACAAAGUCGAACCUGGAUGCGGCAAAGACCAGAGCCAUGAGCACAAUGACAACCAAAAGCGAACCCCCAAGCCCAUUCAUGCCGGAAAACAUUCUCAACAUUUCGACUUAG